AUGAGGACACCACUGUCAUCACUUUUUGGCAUUGCGGUGCUGGCUAUUGUCUCCGUGGCCGUCGACAAAAGCCCUGGAUUUGGCCACCGUCCUGCUCCGUGGAUUACAUACGAUGUUCCUACGGAGUUUGCCAAUCCCAAUGGGUUGGCCCGGCCAUCGUUUCGUUACUGGGUUCCAGACGCCGAUGUGGAUGACAGUGUCUUAUACGCAGAUUUACAGGAGAUCAAAGCGGCAGGAUGGGGUGGAGUUGAGAUUAUUUGCUUGGAGAACUAUGGAAUCGAGCUGGCUGUUGUAGAUCCGGCAAUAUAUGGUUACGGAGGUGAUAAGUGGAGGCAAAAGUUUAACACCAUGCUCCGUGCUUCGAAAGAUUUGGAUCUCCUCGUCGAUUUUGCUUUGGGGCCAACACAGGGCGCUUCAAUCCCAAUUCUGGAUCCUGAUUCUCCGGGGAUGAAUACUGAGUUGGCAUAUGGCAGUGUUGGUUUGGACUCAGGCCAGACAUUUGACGGUCCUAUCCCAUCUCCUGGUCGCACAGAUGCAGGCUAUGCGAAUAAGCCAGACUUUUCUGCUCCUUUCACAAACUUCACCAACAAAUUUGUCGCUGCUGUAGUCGCUCGCAAAAGCAAAGGUAAUAUUCAAAAUUCCAACACCCUCCAGCACGUAUUAAACCCGUCAUUAACUCAAUUUGUUCUCAAAGUGCCUUCCCCUGAUGGUCGUGUAACUCAACUUGACUUCGAUAGUGUUCACGACAUUACGAGCCUGGUCAAAGAUGGCUCACUAGACUAUACGGCUCCAGCUGAUGGGAAUGCCUAUGUUCUUUUUGCAUUUUAUCAGCGUCGCACGGGCUACUUAGCUGCGCAAGGUGCAUUUAAUAAUGCAACCAAUCCCAAUAAUCCUGCCUCUUGGUUUGCUUAUGUGGUCGAUCACUUUAGCCAAGAGGGAACGGAUCUCUGGACAGGAUUUACCGAGAAAUAUGUUAUGAAUGGAGAAAACGGCGAUAUUCUGUCCCAGCUUGGCAUGUACGCGUGGGAAGAUUCUGCUGAGUUUAGAGCCACGCUAUUCUGGACAGACCAAUUAUCGUCGUACUUUCGCCAAACACGCGGCUACGAUAUCACUACAGCUUUACCAGCUCUUUUCGGUACGACUGGUCUUCCUCCAAGUACACUCGCAAAUAGCUACUUUUACUACAGCUUCAAUGACCAUGAGAACGGGACGGAUAUAAGUUGGAAAUUGCGCAAUGACUACUACCAGUGUCUGCAAGAGUUGUACGAGCAAUACCAUCUUGAUGGACUCUCUAAAUGGACAAGCAAAUGGAACAUUCAGGGAAGUCUGCAGCCAUAUGCGACCGCACCGAAUGCUGCACCACCGUGGGAUAUGAACUCAGCAGCUGCACACAUCGAUGCUCCUGAGACAGAAUCCAACUAUUUUGAUGGAGUGAUUGACGCCUUUCGAGCCAUGGGAGGCGGCGCAAUGAUGGGGAAAAGGCAAAUCUUUUCCAGCGAACUAGGGGCGCACCGCUAUGAAGCAUACGCCAUAACUUGGCCUGUUAUUCUGAAUGAUUGCAAGAUUAACUAUGCUGGUGGUGUCAACCGCAUCGUCACGCAUGGCUUCCCAUACUCUGGCAUUCGCCCGCAAGUCGAGUGGCCUGGCCUCACAACCUUUGAAUGGCUAUACUCUGAGAUGUGGGGACCACGGCAGCCCAGCUGGGCACAUGUCAAAGAGAUGGGCGAUUGGAUUGCCAGGACGCAGAUAAUUCUUCAGACUGGGGUGCCAAGAGUAGACAUUGGUAUCUAUCGUCACAAAUAUCUCUCGGUUGACAUCAAACAUUACAACAUGGGAGAAAAUAUCUUCUGGGAUCAUUCAUUGCAGUACGCCGGAUAUUCCUAUGUUUCUGUCAGCCCUUCGCUGCUUAAACUAGAUAAUGCCGUUGUUACCAAUGGAUUGCUGGCAGAAGAUGGCCCAGGAUUCUCUGCCUUUAUCGUGGAUAAUUCUACAAAUAUUACCUCGGAAGCUGUCGGUCGCUUUACAGAGUAUGCUAGCAACGGAUUUCCAAUUGUUUUUGUCGGCAGUCUGCCCGAGACAACUCCCUAUUAUUGCGAGUCAUGCGACCAAUAUGUCAAGCAAGAAAUGCAGAAACUACUAAAACUUCCUUCAGUUAGAAGUCUACAGUCGGAGAGCGAAGUCGUAGACGCUUUGAAAGAGCUAAAUAUUCAGCCCGCAGCGGAAAAUCUAUCGCCAGUUCCCAUACUAUACGUCCAUAGAAUCGACGUGGAUAAUCACGUUGAUUAUUAUUGGGCGUAUAACUCGGACAUAUACCAAGAUCACGCUACAGUAGCUUCUGUCAAAGGCACUGGCAUUCCUUACAAGUUGGAUGCUUGGACGGGUGCUAUUACCCCAGUUCUUAACUACACGAUAUCUGGUGAUAGAUUCAACAUUUGGAUCGAACUACGAUCAAAUCAGUCGACAAUCCUUGGUUUUGCACCUGGGAAAUUUUUCCCCGAGACCCAGACUCCUGAUGUUCAUGUCGUCAAAACAAACGUCGAAUAUCUGAGCUACUCAGCAAGCAGCCACUCUAUCAUCGCUCGCUCUUCUUCGCAAGGACGAAAAGCGAUCACAAUGAGCAAUGAUCAUACCUUUACGUUGAAUGGCUUUGAGGAGCAAACUACUCCAAUGGAGCUUGGCCCUUGGAAUGUCAGUAUUCAAGAUUGGCUUCCUAAUACAGACAGAUUCAACAACUAUACAUCUGUAUUCCGAUACCACAACCUGACCCUUGAUACAUUAAUUCCCUGGUACAAUAUUUCUGGUCUCUCUAACACAUCUGGAAUUGGUACAUACACAACACACUUCGCCUGGAAUCCUACCAAAGACAUUCAUGGUGCGCUGAUAGACCUAGGCCCUGUUUUCAACACUAUACGUCUCUGGAUCAAUGGCCACUGGACCGGUCCUAUCGAUAUCACAGAUGCGGUUGUUGAUAUCACUCCAUUCUUGAUCAGUGGCGUGAAUGAUGUGAAGAUUGAAGUAUCUUCAACGUUGCGAAACCGGCUGCUACAAGUCAAUGUCACCCAAUCUUGGGAGCAAUCACAAUACGCCAGUAGCUAUGGUGGCCAGCCGUAUGGACUCUCUGCUCCUGUCAGAUUAAUUCCCUUUACAGAAAUCAGUAUUCCAGUUUAG